CUGGCAGGAGGAGGAGGGUGCCGGCUGAAAAGAGGUGAACACACCUCUUCGACCACCUCCUUUUCUGCCCCGCCCCACCGACCCGGGCAUGAUGAGGGUGGACGUCUCCCUCCUCGUCACCGCCGCCUUGGUCGCCAGCCUCUCCGUCUGCGUCGUUCACUCGCAAGUUUUGGCACCAAAGAACCUCCGAUUCAAGUUCCUGAAAGACAACAAUGUGCAGAUGGUGUGGAAGGCUCCGACGGGGAAGAUUUCGGGAUACAAGAUCGUGAUCGCUCCAGCACCCGACGGCGUUGGGCCGUCCAAGGAGCUGAAGCUGCCCAAGGGAGCCACCAAGACGGUGCUGAAGGAUUUCCGUGCCGGCACCGAGUACAUGGUGACCAUGGUGGCCUACGACGGCUCGGCCGAGAGCCCGCCCAUCGUGGGGAAAGUGACGAUCGAGGCCAAGACGACCAAAACCACCACCAAGAAGACGUCGAAAAAGCCCUCUACGAAGAACGAAGACCGCUCAUCUUCCGACGGCUGCGUCCCCGGCACCGCGGUCGACCUGGUUUUCGUGGUGGACGGCAGCUGGAGCGUCGGCCGCGUGAACUUCGAGAAGGUCAAGGGCUUCAUGGCAUCCCUGGUGCAGGCCCUGGUGCGUGCCGCUUCCUCCUCCUCGUCGUCGUCGUCGGAGGAGGAGGAGGAGGAGGAGGAGGAGUCCUCCGAGGAGGCCGAUUCUGACUCUGGGGGCGGUGGCGUCCGUGUCGGCAUCGUGCAGUACAGCACGGACGCACGCACUGAGUUCUUGCCCAACGAACACACGGAUGCCGAAAAGCUCAUAGAGGCCAUCCAGAAGCUCCCCUACAAAGGAGGCAGCACCAAUACCGGAGAUGCGCUGCAGUUCGCCCAGCGCAUGAUGUUCGCGGAGGGCGCGGGCACGCGCGACGGCAUUCCCAAGAUCGCCUUCGUCAUCACGGACGGGAAGUCCCAGGACGCAGUGGCGGCACCCGCCCAGCAGCUGCGCAGCGCGGGCAUCGAGAUUUUCACUCUCGGCAUCAAGGAGGCGGACGUCGCGGAGUUGCAGGAGAUGGCCUCCGCUCCUCUGGAGCGCCACCUCUUCAACGUGGCGUCCUUCGACGAUGUCAAGGGCGUGCAGGGGGAGAUCAUCUCGCACGUGUGCCAGGGCGUGAAGCUGCAGAUGACCGUUGCGCAGGAAGGGGAAUCGUUGCCCGCGAGCAGGAGGCGCGUGGACCUGCAGGUGAGUGACAUCUCCACGCAGAAGAUGCUGGUGUCCUGGCCCAGCGUCGCUGGGGCCACCUCCUACCAGCUGGCGCUGCGCACGGCCGACGGCCUCUCCUACAGCGACUACGUCAUCACCGCUGCAGCCACCUCUUUGCAGCAACAGCGGCUCGCCAAGCUGAGGCCCGACACCACCUACCUGCUGUCCAUGAGGGCCGUCUUCCCUGAAGGCCCGGGGUCCGAGACUGAGGCCGAAGCGACUACUGCCAAACUGAACGGCCUGCUGGUCACGCAGGAGACCCCGUCCAGUUUCCGCAUCAGCUGGCCCCGCCAGGAGCCGUCGGCACGCCGACUCCGCCUCUCGUACCGCCCGGCGGCUGGGGGCAAGGCGACGGAGGUGACGCUGCCGCCCGGCGCCUCGUCGGCCCUCGUGCGCAAGCUGCGCCACUCGACGGCGUACAGCAUGGAGCUCACGCCCGUCAUGGCCGCGGGGGACGGGCCCACCCUCAAGGCCACUGCCACCACUCUGGAAGCCGCCAAGUUCAAGCCACCGAAGAACCUGCGCGUGCUGGAGGAGGGCACCGAGGGCCUGCGCAUGGGCUGGAAGGCUGGCCCCGGCAAGGUGUCAGGGUACCGGGUCCACUACGCCCCCCAGGGAGACGAGGAUGCCUACGGGGAGGUGAUGCUGGGGCCGGACGACACCUCGGUGCUACUACGCGACCUCCGGCCCGGCACGGCGUACGGCGUGAACGUGCACGCCGAGAUGCAGGGCGGCGGGGAGAGCGCCGCGCUCGAGGCGCUGGUCACCACCAGCGAGUACGAGGCGGUGACCGCGCAGACCCCGACCGGCCGCUUCGAGUGCAGCUCGCAGGCGCAGGUGGACCUGGUGAUCGUGCUCGACGGGUCCUGGUCCAUCGGGCGCAUCAACUUCCGCCUGGUGCGCGAAUUCCUGGAGCAGCUGGUGCAGGCGUUCGAUGUGCAGGCCGACAAGAUCCGUGUCGCCCUGUCCCAGUACAGCGGGGACACGAGGACCGAGUGGGACCUCAACACGCACACCACCAAGGCGGCGCUGCUCGAGGCCGUUCGCAGCCUGCCCUACAAGGGAGGCAACACCAACACAGGAAUGGCCCUGGAGCACGCCCGCCUGCAGAACCUGAAGCCCGAGGCCGGCGCUCGCCCCGGGGUGCCGGCCAUCGUGGUUCUCAUCACCGACGGGAAGUCCCAGGACGACGUGGCCCAGCCGGCGGCGGAGCUCAAGAGCCGGGGGGUGGAGCUGUUCGCCAUCGGCGUGAAGAACGCGGACGAGCAGGAGCUGCGGGCGAUCGCCUCGAAGCCGGUGGCCACGCACGUCCACCAGGCCUCCGAGUUCACGGGGAUGGCGGCCAUCGUGGAGGGGCUGACCCGCGUCGUCUGCUCGCGCGCCGACAUCCUCUUCACCGCGCUGCGAGGCGGGGGCGACGGUGGCGUGGCGGUGCUGCCCCCGAGUGGCCUCUCCACGUCGGACGUGACCGCCGGCGGCUUCCGCGUGAACUGGAAGCAAUCCGUGGGCCCCGUGUCCGGCUACCGAGUGGUCUACUGGCCGCACGAGGGCGGCCCACAGGAGGAGGUUCUGGUUGGGGGUUCGGAGAGCUCGGCGCUGCUGCAGAACCUGCAGCCGGAGACGCAGUACCGGCUCCACGUCGUGGCGCUCUCCGUCGGCGGAGCUUCCGGCAACAGCUCGCAGAUCACCGAGACCACUGCGUCCCUGGGCUCAUCCAUUCCCGAGCUGCGUGUGCACGACGUGACGGCGAGCAGCAUGCGCGUGCAGUGGGAGGAGGCCGAGGGCGCCACGGGCUACACGCUCACCUACGCCCCCGUCGGCAGCGGCGAGGACGAGGACGGCGACAAGGAGGAGAAGCUGGGCCCGGAGGUGACGGACUUCCUGCUGGACGGGCUGGAGGCAUCGACGGAGUACGUGGUCACGCUGUACGCCAUGUACGACGACGACGAGAUCGGCGAGCCGCUCACUGUGCAGGAGACCACUCUGCCGCUGCACUCUCCGGUCGGGGGCGUGCGGAUCUCGGAGGUGACGCACAACAGCAUGCGCGUGGCCUGGGACGCGCCGUCGACCCGCGUCAAGAAGUACCGCAUGCUGUACGAGCGGGAGGACGGCACUGGCGCCAUCGAGGAGGACAUCCGGGCCAAUGUGACGUCGGCCGUGCUCAAGGGGCUCAAGUCGAACACCGCCUACCUCGUCACCGUCUUCUCCGUGUCCGAGGACGGCCAGUCGGAGCCGCUGAGCGGCCGCGGCACGACACUGAAGAACCCGACUCCGCAGUCCCUGCGCUUCUCCGACGUGGGAGAGAAGAGCGUUCGCGUCUCCUGGGACGCGGCGGCGCCCGACGUCACCAUGUACCGCGUUCGCUUCACCGCGUCGCCCUCGGACCGCACCCAGGAGCUGGUGCUGGGUGGGGACCAGACGUCGGUGCUGCUGGAGAAGCUGCUGCCCAGACGCCGUACGAGGUCACCGUGCGGCGGUGCCCGCCGACCGAGGCAGAAAGCAGUUCCCCUGUCGGGGCGCGUCACCACCGGUGGGCCCCAGGGGCCCCGGAACAUGGUGUUCUCGGACGAGACGACGAUGAGCAUUGAGGUGACGUGGGAGCCGGCGGAGGGCCCCGUCACCUCCUACCGCGUCACGUACGAGCCCACGCGGCGCACGCAGCGCGAGGAGAUG